UGCUACACACGGCGCCUCCCACACUCUUUGUCACCGGACCGCCCGGUACAGGUAAAACUGUGGUGCUGCUGCUGAUGGCCAUACAGUGGCUGCGGUGUGGUCACCACGUCUACGUUGUCAGCACGUGGGAUGGGAUUCUUGCAGCGUGCAGCAUGUUGUAUCACCUGUUGCUGCAGACAGUAAAGACACAACAGUCAGAAGGUGUAUCACCCGGUCAGCCUCACCUCCUGCAGUAUGAUCUUGAUUUCGAUAGUGACGUGGAGAAGGCCGUCAACGACUUGUCACAGGCGGCGAGUGGAGGGUCGUUGUACGUCAUCGCUGAUGACGUAGAGUCUUGUGACAUGUGGAUGAUUUUGUGUGACAAGCUGCUGACACGAGUUCCUCGUCUCCAUCUGUGGGCGGCAAGUUGUUUCCAUGGAGACGCACCUGACGGCUGGCAAGUGGAAUAUUUAACCAGACCCCUCCGCUCUCCUCCGGCCGUCGUCAGGGAAUUCGAGCAGGACGAAAUGAUCACUACACACCGUUAUGUCCUCCCCUACAAAGAGGGAGGUUUACCCGACCAUACAGACGGCCCGCCGGUCAGACGACUGUAUCACCACGAAGGUCAGGGUCACUCAGGUGACUGGCCAGGUGACUGUGUCAAGUGCGGUCGUAAGGUGGCCGAGUUCCUGCACAGUCUCCAUAAUGGUGUUACAGAGAGGGGCAUAGCAGCAUCUACAACAGUCAGGUCCACCAGCGACGGCACAACACCACCGAGUGUACAGUGGAGAGACGUGCUGGUGUUGUGCCCUUAUAAGCUUAAAGACAAAUCGAGUAUGGUGAAGGAACUGCUAGAAGCGGGUAUCCCAGUGCGGGUGAUGACGGAUGAUGACAUCGAGGACGUGGCCACGGCCCGCAGUGACGUGGUGUGGGUGGCGAGUGGACAUCGUGUUUGUGGUCUGGAGAGAAAAGUCGUCGUGUGUGUGGAGAAACAUCAGUCUGAGUCUGAGUCUUCCCGACUUUCCAUAAUGUCCCGCUGUAAAUCACAGCUUGUUAUUGUCGUCCCUGAUUACUCCUAUCGUCAAAGUUUUUCCUCUUCUAGUCUCAGUCCAUCAGACUUCCUCAUCAUAUGAUGUGAUACACAUGAUGUAAUUAUAUUUUGUUACAUCAUGAGGUCCGUGUCUGUGUUUACACAACAACAGUUAUUGUUAGUGGCUGCAGUUCUAUCGCCUAAAAUACAAAAUGUCUUU